GUACACACACGAACAAAUAACAAAUCACCAGUGUACAAGAAACUAAGGACAUACUUCAGUUUUAAUCGGCGAUAUUUUGCGAAAAGCGUAUAAUUAUCAUGAGGACAUGGCAGGUGCUUGUUGUGGGUAUUGUCAUCCACACAAUAUUUUUCUACUCCAUCUUUGACAUCUAUUUCACAUCCCCCGUUGUUCACGGGAUGACCCCCCACCACUCCACAACCCCACCCCUGGCUAAAAGACUGGUGCUAUUCUCUGCUGACGGCCUCAGAGCUGAUAAGAUGUUUGAGCUAGACAAAGAUGGAAACACAAGGAUUCCUUAUCUAAGGAGUAUGAUUGAGAAGUCAGGAUCAUGGGGCGUAUCACACACACGAGUGCCGACUGAGUCUAGGCCAGGUCAUGUGGCUCUCAUUGCAGGCUUCUACGAAGACGUCAGUGCAGUCGCCAAAGGCUGGAAGGAAAACCCAGUAGAGUUUGAUUCCCUGUUUAACGAGAGCCGCUACACUUGGUCCUGGGGAUCGCCCGAUAUUCUCCCCAUGUUCUCUAAAGGUGCAACAGGAGACCAUGUGUUCACGAAAUGCUACCCUGCCCACUUUGAGGAUUUUGCUCGUGCUGACAGUUCCCCGCUUGACACCUGGGUAUUUGACGAGUUUCAGGAGUUUAUGAGGAACAGUAUGAAGGACCCAGAUCUGACAGCUAGACUUAACAAGGAUAAGGUCGUGUUCUUCCUUCACCUGCUUGGCCUGGACACCAACGGACAUUCCAUGAAACCACACUCUGAUGAGUAUCUGGAAAACAUCCGACUGGUGGAUGCAGGGAUACAGCAGGUUGUCGAGACGAUUGAAGAGUUUUAUGAGCAAGAUGGCCGUACUGCCUAUGUUAUGUCGUCUGACCAUGGCAUGACUGACUGGGGUUCUCACGGGGCAGGUCAUCCCAGUGAAACAUUGACCCCACUUGUGGUGUGGGGGUCCGGGGUCAAAGGGGCUCGGAGAAGCGGGGACCAGCACUUCAAAGACAGUUUUUCACAGGAUUGGAAACUGGACCACAUUGAAAGAGUGGAUGUGGAGCAGGGUGACAUUGCCUCGCUAAUGGCUGCUCUGAUAGGUGUUAACUUCCCUAUGAACUCUGUGGGAGUAUUGCCAUACCAAUACCUGGAUGCGAGUUCUGGAGAUUUGGCCGAAAUAAUGUACGCCAACACACGCCAGCUUCUGGAACAGUACAAGGUGAAGAUGGACCUAAAGAAGUCGACCACUCUGUCAGCAGCCUUCAGACCUUUCCCUGAGCUGACUCCGGCAAAACUGAUCGAGAGUCACCGGCACAUUCGUCAGCUGAUCCAGUCAGGUCAUUAUGAGGAGGCUGUUGAGGAUUGUGUGCGUAUCAUGAGAGUUGCUUUGAAGGGUCUCAACUACUACCAGACAUAUGACAGGCUCUUCCUCGGUGUAAGCGUGUGUUGUGGAUUCCUGGGCUGGAUGGCUUACACGCUCAUGCUGGUAUUUGAGCAACAUUCGGGGGUCGUUAAGAGGUCGUCAUGGAAACAAGAGUCACAUGAUGCACUGGUUAUCGUAGUCUUUGGCUGCAUCGGUGUAAUAGUUGCCAUAUUGCUGUAUGUUCAGUCCCUUCCCUGGACUAACUACCUCUACUGCUUGAUACCGGUCACUCUCUGGAUGGCAGUAGUGCUCAGACGUGAUGUUCUAGUGCAAGUAAUAGACUACACGAUCACAAUGAAAAACAGGACGUCCUUUCUUGUUGCUGUUCUAGCCAGUCUUGUGGGACUUGAGAUUCUGGUGAUAGGGUUUUUCUUCCGGGAAAUGUUGUCAGUGGGGCUGGCCUUGAUUGCCAUUCUUCCAUGGAUAUCACUAGACCUGCCCGCACUUCCCGCCAAGGGCCAGUUGCUGGGCUGGUCACUGUGCUGUAUGCUCCUAGCCAUAUUUCCCAUGCUUCCUGUUGUCACUGGAAAACGGUCAACUGAAUAUGUAUUGGCUGGUGGAGCGAUAGUUAUCCUUAUUGGCAUAAUAUCUGGCUUCAGGUCAAAAUCUAGUUCAAGUGACGUAAAACCUGCAAGAAAGAAAGAAGACGACAGUUCAAUGUUACCAUAUGUCCAGCUGAUUGGUGUCCUGGUUGCCACAUAUUUCUCUGUGUGGGAGGUGAACAGUGGCUUAUCUCCAUGGCAACAGGGCAUAAGCUGGCUUCUACUGGGUGUGUCAGUGUUGGAGCCACUGUUGACGUCCAGCCACGUAUCCACCAGACUACAGGCCAUCUUCCUUGCGUUCGCCGCUCCAUACAUUCUCCUUAGUGUCUCCUAUGAGGUUCUGUUCCUAGUGGUUCUUGGGUUGACCAUGCACCAAUGGCUGCAGGUGGAGUUUGGUCUUGUAUCCUGGGCAUCCAAAACACUCACAGGGGUGGAUGUGUAUGAUUUCCAAGAGAGAGCCAACCUUCAUCUACCGGGCCACAUGCAUUCCAGAAACUACCUUGUCAUAUCCGACAUCCAGAGGGCUUUCUACUUUAUUUUCUUUAUCCUGACAUCAUUCUUUGGAGUGGGAAAUAUAGCCAGCAUUAACAGUUUUGACCCCGCAGCAGUGCUGUGUUACAUAUCAGUGUUUUCCCCUUUCACCAUGGGAGCAUUGUUGGUGUUUAAGAUCGUGAUUCCAUUCAUCCUGGUCACUUGCGUGUUACGAGCUGUGCACGUGAUCUCGUGCGUUCCAGUUGACGGCCUCUUUCUCAUCAUCAUGCUCAUGUCCGACUGCAUGGCCUUGCACUUCUUUUUCCUGGUUCAGGACUACGGCAGCUGGCUGGAUAUUGGGACCAGUAUUAGCCACUACGUGAUUGUCAUGUGUAUGAUCAUCUUUACUAUGGUCCUCUUUGGAGUCACCCACUUUCUCACUACAACAAGCCUUCUUUCUCCUAGACGCAAACGCAGAGUGGAGUGAUAGUUGUUAUCACCAUGGUCACCAGUCAACAUUUGUCAUUUGUAAAGGAGACUUUGGAGUCACCCACUUUCUCACUACUACAAGCCUUCUGUCUCCUAGACGCAAACGUAGAGUGGAGUGAUAGUUAUUAUCACCAUGGUCACCAGUAAACAUUUGUCAUUUGAAACAGGAGACUUUGGAGUCACCUACUUUUUUCACUACCGCAAACAUUCUAUCUCCUAGACGCAAACGUAGAGUGGACUGACAGCUGUUAUCAUUAUUGUCACCAGUCAACAUUUGUCAUUUAAAAAGGGAGACUAUGUAGUCACCGACUUUCUAACUACCACAAGCCUAAUGUCUCAUAGACGCAAACGUAGAAUGGAAUGACAGCUGAUAUCAUUAUGGUCAACAGUAAACAUUUGUCAUUUAAAAAAGGAGACUUUGGAGUCACCCACUUCCUCACUUUAGUCUACUAGAAACAUUCUAUUUUCUAGACGCAAAGUACAGUGGAGUGAUAGUUGUAAUCACCAUGGUCACCAAUCAACAUUUGGCAUUUGUAAAGGAGACUGGAGUCAACAUCUUUUCUCAAUACCGCAAACCUCCUAUCUCCUAUAAGCAAACGUUAAGUAGAGGGAAAGCAGUGAUCUUUAUGGUAACCAGGCAACAUUUGUAUAAGAAUUUGAAUAUUUAUCUUCUGUGUUAUUUGUGAUUUGCAUAUUACAUUUGAUGUGAUAUGCACUUGCAGCGUAUUUAUUUUUAAAUCUCUUUAAAAGAAAAUAGAUAAUAUAUAGUAUAUGACGAUGUACAAUUAAGGGGUGCGUCGUGAUGACACACCCGUAAAGCCAUGCCUUAAUUAUAUUUUCCUAUUCAGGCAAAAGUGCUUAGGUUUGCAAGUUAUCAAUGAUGAAACUGUAACUUUAUACAUUAAUAAUAUUAAAAAUAUAAUUAUUGUGAUUUAUUACCUAUUACAACUUAAGUACACUACCAACCACGAGUCUUUUGCAAAAAAAAGAGUUGCCACUGCGGGAGAGAUUGCGUCAACGCGGAAAAUCGCGGCGAUUUAUUCCGCGGUAGUCAACACGUCGAUGCGCGUCAUCGCCGCGUUCAUCUGCUGCUAUCGCGUACGACUUCCGAAAACAUACACGCGGCGAAUUGCCGCGAUACAGCUUACCGCAAUAUGCAGGUAUUUAACAGGUCAAGGUGGUACAAAUAGAAAAAACAACAUGUAAAUUGAACCGUGCUCGCAAAAUGAUUUCAUUCGAUUGCGUGGGUAAACGCUCUCAUCUCCAAAACUUCAUCAUUAUAUCGCCGGUAUAUGGAGUUUUUGUUAAACAAAUAAGUUUUUUUAUAAGUGAAUUGACUCAAUAUAGUAAUUAUUCACAAUCACACAAGUUGAACGAGGGCAUUUGAAAUUUAGAGUUUUAGGAACACAGUGACAAUAGCGUCUGAAUACUAUCACAGUUACAAAGCAUACUUUUCAGGGAUCAAACUACAUUUUGAGUACGAACCAAGAUUUGUAGAUUACGGGUCGAGGUUUUAUUAAUUUAAUUAAAAAAUUAUAUGAAUGGAAUGGGAACAAAGAAAAAGCCGUCAGAGAAUUGACAGCUACCUAAAUUACAGUUAAUUAAAAAUUCGCAACGGCCGCGUAACGCGGUGACUCGACGCGGUGGAAGGCGGGGAAAAUUAUAGGUAUGCACUUGGGCAUGGGCAUUAUGCUUUAGUCUCCGCGUAUAGUGAAAAUUAGUUUAAAAAGAUAACGAUGGCGGUAUGAAAAAAUCGCGACGAUAUGCAAAAAAGCUCGCGUGGUUGGUAGUGUACCUCUUUGCCAUUAUUGUAAUUGAUAACGGCUUGCACCCCGCCCCCGUUGAAGAGAUGUUUUUGUUUGUGAUAUAUUUUGGUUGCACUUUUCAUAUUUGUAAAAUUAGUAUAGAUCUUGGGAAAUUAGUAAGUACGCAAUUAGAAUCAAAUACUGAUAUGAAUAGGUCCUUGUAUUGCUUGGCUGUUCUGUUUUUAGUGUUGUCAUAGCAUUGAUGCCAUUGUACAUUUUUUAACCUAUUCGCCAUACAUGAUACACAUGUUACCAGAGACAAUACGCUCAGGUCAAGCAAGGUCUAUAAAUCUGACUUAUAUAAUUGUAAAGGUAAUGUUGUUUGACUGCAAGUUCCCAAAACUGACACUCAUAGGCGAUCACUUCGCGGCUCUCUUGUAAAGAGACAUGUGCAUUAAAUGUAGAUAUGUAUUUACCGUGUUUUAGUUCAUGCAAUGUUUUAAAGAUGCACUAUUAAUCAAAAAUAAGAUUUAACACAUUUAAUACAAUUGUUUUAAUAUACCAAAAAGGAUGAACAAAUGUCGAAAACAAUAGAUCUUAUGGAGGAUACCUGGUUUGAUUUGAAAGAAAUGUGCAGAAACAAGACCAUAGCAAAUCGCAGUUUAGCAUUCACCAAUCAUUUAAUAUUUUUGCAUUUUCAGUUAUUAAAUAUACGGUUAUAAUUUUGUUAUUUGUAAUUAAUAUUUUCCAUAAAUGCACUAUUUAUUAAGUAUUUGAGGGUGUAUCACUUAAAAAAUAUGUUUUACAUGUGUUAUGUAUUGAUUUUGAAUAGGAGUGUCACUUUAAAAUGGUUAGAAUAAAUCAUGACCUUACAUACUAUAACUAUAGCUUGUAUAAGCCAGAUCAUUUCUUUAUUUGUUUGAUAUGUUUAAUCAUUUAUAUAGGUCAACGCUUACUUUUAAAAUCUAGCUUCUUUUGCUUUUGU